GUCUUUGUCACCUAACCCAAUGGGCGCCCGUCCUCGGGCCACCGCCUAUCAAACUGCCAUCUGAUUGGUUCGCCUUUCUGGCUACUGCGUUGCCCCAGCAACCAGGCUAUGGGACGCGUAGGGGCCUCCAGGCUGUUGAAAUCCCAAACCCUGAGGGCUCUUCUAUCACCUGCCCUGCAGGUUUCCGGCACCAUGUCGGUGCGGACUCUGCCGCUGCUCUUUUUGAACUUGGGCGGGGAGAUGCUUUACGUCCUAGACCAGCGACUGAGGGCCCAGAACAUCCCUGGAGACAAGGCCCGCAGAGAUGAAUGGACAGAGGUGGACAGAAAACGAGUUCUGAAUGACAUCAUCUCAACCAUGUUCAACAGAAAGUUUAUAGAGGAGCUGUUCAAACCCCAGGAACUGUACUCCAAGAAGGCCCUGAGGACUGUGUAUGACCGCCUGGCCCAUGCCUCCAUCAUGCGACUGAACCAGGCCAGCAUGGAUAAGCUCUAUGACCUGAUGAUCAUGGCUUUCAAAUAUCAAGUCCUGCUGUGUCCACGUCCCAAGGAUGUGCUGCUGGUCACUUUCAACCAUUUAGACUCCAUCAAGGGAUUCAUCCAGGACUCCCCAACCAUCCUGCAUCAGGUGGACGAGACCUUCCGGCAACUGACAGAAACAUAUGGGAGUCUCUCUGCCGGGGAGUUCCAGCUGAUCCGGCAGACACUGCUUAUCUUCUUCCAAGACCUGCAUAUCCGGGUAUCCACAUUUCUAAAGGACAAAGUUCAGAAUUCUAAUGGUCACUUUGUGUUGCCGGUGUCCGGGCCUGUUCCCUGGGGAACUGAAGUUCCUGGAGUGAUCAGAAUGUUCAAUAACAAAGGCGAAGAAGUGAAGAAGAUGAAAUUCACGUAUGGUGGAAACUUUGUGGCUGCACACAAGGAAGGCUCUUUUGAACUUUAUGGAGACCGAGUCUUGAAACUGGGAACUAACAUGUACAGUGUGAGUCGUCCUGUAGAAACCCACAUCUCUGCAACAUCAAAGAACUCAGCCUCCAAGACACAGGAAAACAUUGCUCCAAACCCUCUUGCCAAAGAAGAGCUGAAUUUCUUGGCCAGGCUAAUGGGAGGGAUGGAGAUCAAGAAACCGAGUGGCCCUGAACCAGGAUUCCGGCUGAAUCUAUUUACGACUGAUGAAGAGGAGGAACAUGCAGCGCAGUCCAGGCCUGAGGAGUUGUCCUAUGAAGUCAUCAGCAUACAGGCUACACAGGACCAGCAACGGAAUGAGGAGUUGGCCCGGAUCAUGGGGGAAUUUGAGAUCACAGAGCAGCCAGAGCAGAGCACAAGCAAGGGAGAUGACUUGCUUGCCAUGAUGGACCGGUUGUAGACAUGCAGAUGGGCACUCGGGGACAGAUGGCUGCGGAUCCAGUGUGCCACUGCUGGAUUCUCCAACGGAGGCACCUGUGGUCCACUUUUACGUCGAACAAACUGUGAAGAUCUCUCAGAGUAUCCAUUUCUGAAGCCACACACGUGUGUAUUUUCAGCAAAAUGUAUUCUGGCUCUUAACCCAGACCUUUCUCAUUAUAAUUAAUUUUAUGAUGACCAUGUAAGCAUCCUGGGCCAGAGGCUGAGCCCAAGUCAAGGAGGCAUGGCCAUUUAUUACCACUGUGGGUUAACCAUGGCAGCUUUCCUGCAGGGACCUGCAUGUCACAAGUGCCUAGAAGGACAAACAAGCAACACAUGAAAUCCCUGCCCUGAGGCAGGAGGAUAGGAAGUUCUGGUCUGUUUUGGCUACAUAACAUAACAUCUCUUUUAAAAAACAAAAAGGGUCAGGCAGUGGUGGUGCACUUGGCAGGCGGAGGCAGGCAGAUCACUGUGAGUUCAAGGCCAGUCUGGUCUACAAAGUUAGUCCAGGACAGUCAAGACUAUACAGAGAAACCCUGUCUCAAAAAAACAAAAAGGGUAGCCGGGCAGUAGUGGCAUACACCUUUAAUCCCAGCACUCGGGAGGCAGAGGCAGGUGGAUUGCUGUGAGUUCGAGGCCAGCCUGGUCUACACUGCAAGUCCAGGACAGUCAAGGCUACAUAGUGGAACCCUGUCUUGAAAAAAAAAAAAAAACCAGAAAAGGUUGGGGACUCAGUGAGCAAAUGCACUAGACAUUCAAGCCUGGUGACCAGAAUUUGAUUCCUUGAACCUACAUGUCAAGAAUCUGAUGUGGGGGACUGGAGAGAUGGCUCAGUGGUUAAGAGCACUGCCUGCUCUUCCAAAGGACCUGGGUUCAAUUCCCAGCACCCACAUGACAGUUCACAACUGUCUGUAACUCUAGGAUCUGAUACCCUCACACCAACGCACAUAAAUUUAAAAAUUAAAUAAAAUAUUAAAAAAAAA